CCCAGUGCCGGCUGCACCGGGAAGCCUCUACCAAUUACCAACGACCAAGUCCCUGAGCUCGGGCCGGCUUUUUUCCAUUUAGCAAAGGGGAGGAGAAGGGACGGCGACCCCGGGUCCCCAGGAGUGAAUAAAGGGCUGGGACUGCGGCCGGUGAGACCGGCGAGGCGGGCGGAGCGGCGGCGACCCCGGGCCCGGCCGGCGGCGGGCAGCAGGAGGAUGCGAAGCGUGCGCGCCGCGCGGCUGCUGGGGGUGGCCGUCCUGCUGGCGGCCGCUGUCCCCGGCAGUGGCAGCGUGCAAGGAACCAAUAGAACCUCUAAAGGAAGAAGUCUCAUUGGUAAGACUGACAGCUCGUCGCAGAUCACUGGGAAAGGAGUUACAGUGGAACAAGGCUUUUCUGUGGAUGACGUCUCUUCCUCCAUCCUCACUGGAAAACUGACUACUGUCUUUCUCCCAACUGUCUACACAAUUGUAUUUAUGGUUGGUUUGCCAAGCAACGGCAUGGCUCUGUGGGUCUUUCUCUUCCGGACGAAGAAGAAGCACCCUGCUGUGGUGUACAUGACCAACCUGGCCUUGGCAGACCUCCUUUCUGUGGUCUGGUUCCCGCUGAAGAUCUCCUACCACAUCCAUGGCAACAACUGGGUUUAUGGGGAAGCCCUUUGCAAGGUACUCAUUGGCUUUUUCUAUGGCAACAUGUACUGCUCCAUUCUCUUCAUGACCUGCCUCAGUGUGCAACGGUAUUGGGUCAUAGUGAAUCCCAUCGUGCACCCCGCGAGGAAGGCAAACAUCGCCUUGGGAGUCUCCCUGGGGAUAUGGCUGCUGAUACUGCUGGUUACCAUCCCCCUGUAUGUCAUGAGGCAGACUAUGCACAUUCCAGCCCUUAACAUCACGACCUGCCAUGAUGUCUUGCCUGAGGAAGUGUUGGUGGGGGACAUGUUCAAUUAUUUCCUCUCUCUGGCCAUCGGAGCCUUCCUAUUCCCAGCCUGCCUCACAGCCUCUGCCUAUGUGCUGAUGAUCAGAACACUCCGCUCUCCUGCUAUGGAUGAAAACUCGGGAAAGAAGAGGCAGAGGGCCAUCAAGCUCAUUGUCACCGUCCUGGCCAUGUACCUGAUCUGCUUUACCCCCAGUAACCUUCUGCUCGUGGUACAUUAUUUCAUGAUUAAAACCUGGAGCCAGAGCCACGUCUAUGCCCUGUACAUGGUGGCUCUCUGCCUGUCCACCCUUAACAGCUGCAUUGAUCCCUUCGUCUAUUACUUUGUUUCACAAGACUUCAGGGACCAUGUCAAGCACGCUCUCCUUUGUCGGAGUGUCCGUUCAGUCAGGCAGAUGCAAGUAUCCCUCACAUCAAAGAAAUUCUCCAGGAAAUCCAGCUCUUAUUCUUCAAGCUCAACCAGUGUCAAAACCUCUUACUGAGUUUUUCAGCCCCUCUGUUACUGUCCAGGAGGCCUUGGAGCCUACUCACUGUGAUGGGUGUUUUCCUGUUGUUCCCUAACCCAGUGGGUCUCCCCAUGUACCACGCAUAUGUAGGACCUCUCAGGAUUGCUGGAAGCUUCCCUGUUUCAUGAAGAAAGUCCCCCCCAAUUAACAGAGAUGUCAGUUUUAGAAUUCCUCUACGCAGGUGCUCCCAGAAAUGGAACUAAAAGAAGCAGACUUUUCAGAAGGUGAUGAAAAAACAGAAGCCCAGCGACUUGUAAAAACUAAUGUUGGCACGAAGACUCCGUUCUCAGCCAAAACUACAUUUCUUUUACAUCCGGGCUCAUUCACAGCCAUGUUAGAGCUUCCACGUUCCUCAGAGAUGAUCAGACCGAUUGUACAGAUGGGGCAAGUAAAGAGGUGAAGAAGCUACUCCGAGUCAGGGUAGCUUCCAUGCCAACCAAGGGCAGCCAGUCCGAUCUGCGGAUUGGACCAUAGACUUCCAGUGUUCAAUGGGUUCUCCUACCUCCUCUUGUUUAAAAAUACAGGUUCAUCAGACUCAGGAAUGAGAGGGCUCAGGGUCUGAGUCAGGAAACUAUUUUAACAAGCCCCUGCUGCGUAUGCUCCUGCACACCAAGGUUUGAGAACCACUGGUCUGGGUGCUGCUUCCACUUGACAAGGUGCCAAUGGAGAAGCAAACUGCUUUGUGUCUCUUUUAUGUGUAGCUUGUAAUAAGAUCUGCUUAUGGUCUCAUUAGGACUUUCAGUUAUUUAUCAGUCCCUUGAACUUUUGUAUGUAUCCUUAUCACUACAAGGAAAGUACAUUGAAGAUUUUAAGUGUGGAAAUACAAAUUUUGUGUGACUUUAAACUGACUCAGAAUCUUCAGUUUGAGUUAUAGAUGGUUUCAAAGUAAGAAUGGCAUUUACCACUUGUUUUUCAGAAUUGUAGUUGGAUUAUUUAUUUAUUGUCAGUUUUCUUCACUUGCUACAAAUAUGAAAUUGUAAUGCCUUCUCUGGGUUUGAACCACAUUCUAGAAAAGAAUGCUAAAGAGAUGUGAUUUAAAAUAUAUUUACAGGGUACUUUUCCAAACUGAAUUUAUGUAACUGUUGUAUUUGUGAUUUUUUGAAAUAAUCUUAUCGUAAUGAUUGAUUUGUAGAAACAUAUGACUCCCCCCCUUUUUUUAUGACUUAUUUUUGAGUUGUAUGUUUUGUAGGGUUUUUUUGAGGGAAAGUAUGGGAAGCCUCAGCAUCAUUCCUAUAAAAAGAAAUCUGAUGCUCACACCAUACUUCUUAGAUGAAUAGGGCCAUGCAGUACAUACUGCUUCAUAUUUGUUUUCAUUUAACAUUUCAGAAUAUUUUUCCAUUCUGUGUUUAUAGGCUGACCUCCAUUUUUAAUAGAUACAGACUUUAAUUUGGGGGUAUAUUGUGAUGCAUUUCGUCAUUUCCCUAGCAAUGUCUCCUGAAGUCUCUCUCUCUCUCUCUCUUUUGUUAUUAAAACAACAUCUAGGGAUGCCUGGGUGGCUCAGUGGUUGGGCGUGUGCCUGUGGCCCAGGGUGUGAUCCCAGGGGCCCAGGAUCGGGUCCCGCAUUGGGCUCCCUGCGAGGAGCCUGCUUCUCCCUCUGCCUGUGUCUCUGCCUCUCUCUGUGUGUCUCUUAUUAAUAAAUAAAUCUUAAAAAAAAAUAAAACAUCUAUACUGCAUUAGA